GUUCGGGCAGGGUCCUCGGCCCCUGCCAUGAAUGAAGGUGGUUCCCGCAUCCGCCGGCGGGUUGCUGUCCGCAAAAGGAACCGGCCUAGCUUAGAGAGCAUUUUUGCCUCCCCCACCGCCGCCGAUCUCCAGCCAGGCGAUGAGGAGGAGGAGGACGAGGAGGAGAUGAUGGCUGGAAGUCGGCGGAAGAAAACCGCGGAGGUGCAGCCCGUCGAGAAUAAUGACAGUGAAGAGGACAUGUUUGGUGACUAUGAUAGCUUUGCUGAAAACUCUUUUUUAGCUCACGUUGAUGACCUGGAACAAUAUAUGCAGCUUCCUGAACAUAGGAGACAUGCCUCAGACCUUGCCACUGACGAUCUUUGUUCGGAAAGCGACAAACACAACAAACUCAGCGUUACUACCAUAGACAACUUUACUGAAUUAAAAAUGGAUGAGCACACAAAGAACCAGAGUAGGCAGGAAGAUGUCUGUAUUGAACCUGAACCUGAUCUUUUGUAUGAUAUACCUUCCUCCCAGGUUUUAUACUUUGAAAAUUCUUCAAAUGAUUUGGGCGAUCAGUCUACCAAAGAGAGGGAUUGCAAUUCCUCCUCCCACAAGACUGUGAAUGAGGAAUUAGCCCAGAAUAGCAUAGAACAACACCAGCAAACUGAUGAUCCCUCUUCUAAAGUCAGAACUAGCUCAGAGGAGAAUAGAAGAAAAAGUCUUAAAGAACAUCUAAAAAGUGCCAUGACUGGAAAUGCCAAGGCCCAAACACCAAUAUUUUCUAAGACUAAACAACUCAAAGAGACUCUCCUAUCUGAGGAGAUUAAUGUUGCCAAGAAAACAAUUGAAUCAUCAUCAGAUGACCUUGGUCCUUUUUAUUCAUUACCCAGCAAAGUGAGAGACCUUUAUGUUCAGUUCAAGGGAAUUGGAAAAUUAUAUGAAUGGCAACAUACUUGCUUAACACUGAAUUCUGUGCAAGAAAGAAAAAACUUAAUAUAUUCCUUGCCAACGAGUGGUGGAAAAACCCUUGUGGCUGAGAUUUUAAUGCUGCAAGAACUGCUUUGCCGGCGGAGAGAUGUUCUAAUGAUCCUACCAUAUGUGGCAAUUGUCCAAGAAAAGAUUUCAGGUUUGUCAAGUUUUGGUAUAGAACUGGGUUUCUUUGUUGAAGAAUAUGCUGGAAGCAAAGGAAAGUUUCCCCCAAUUAAAAGAAGGGAAAAAAAAUCUCUCUAUAUUGCCACUAUUGAAAAAGGACAUAGUCUGGUGAACUCCUUGAUUGAAACCGGAAGGAUUGGCAGUCUGGGUCUGGUUGUUGUAGAUGAGUUACACAUGAUUGGUGAAGGAAGCCGUGGGGCUAUACUGGAAAUGACCCUAGCAAAAGUCCUCUACACUAGCAAAACAACUCAGAUUAUUGGCAUGAGUGCCACACUGAACAAUGUUGAAGACCUUCAAGAAUUCCUUCAAGCAGAAUAUUACACCAGUCAGUUUAGACCAGUUGAAUUAAAAGAAUAUUUGAAAAUAAAUGAUGCGAUAUAUGAGGUUGACAGCAAAGCUGAGAAUGGCAUGACUUUUUCACGUCUACUGAAUUAUAAGUAUUCUGAUACUCUGAAAAAGAUGGAUCCUGAUCAUUUGGUAGCAUUGGUGACAGAAGUUAUUCCCAAUUAUUCCUGCUUAGUUUUUUGUCCCACUAAGAAGAACUGUGAAAACGUAGCAGAAAUGAUAUGCAAAUUUUUAAGCAAGGAGUAUCUGAAACACAGGGAGGAAGAAAAACAUGAGGUGAUUAAAAACUUGAAGAAUGUCAGCAGUGGCAACUUGUGUCCUGUUUUAAAGCGCACCAUCCCUUUUGGGGUUGCUUAUCACCACAGUGGUUUAACAAGUGAUGAAAGGAAACUCUUGGAAGAGGCCUAUUCCACAGGAGUUCUGUGCCUUUUUACCUGCACAUCCACCCUCGCAGCAGGCGUUAAUCUACCAGCUCGAAGAGUUAUUUUAAGAGCUCCCUAUGUUGCCAAGGAGUUUUUAAAGAGGAACCAAUAUAAACAGAUGAUUGGCCGAGCUGGCCGUGCUGGGAUAGAUUCUAUUGGGGAGAGUAUCCUUAUACUGCAAGAAAAAGACAAGCAACAGGUAUUGGAGUUAAUAAGCAGACCAUUGGAAAACUGUUAUAGCCAUCUUGUUCAAGAAUUCACUAAGGGAAUCCAAACUUUGUUUCUCUCUUUAAUUGGUUUGAAGAUUGCAACAAAUCUUGAUGACAUGUAUCACUUUAUGAAUGGUACAUUUUUUGGUGUUCAGCAAAAAAUUUUGUUGAAAGAAAAAAGCCUGUGGGAAAUAACUGUGGAAUCACUUAGGUACCUGACAGAAAAAGGACUCCUACAAAAAGACACUACUGAUAAGUCUGAAGAAGAUUUCCAGCAUAGUUUUCAUAUUACAAAACUGGGACGAGCUUCUUUUAAGGGAACUAUAGAUUUGGCUUAUUGUGACGUUCUCUACAGAGACUUGAAGAAAGGUCUCGAAGGACUUGUACUCGAAAGCCUUCUUCACCUAAUUUACCUAACAACUCCCUAUGAUAUGGCUUCUCAGUGUGACCCAGACUGGAUGAUAUACUUCAGGCAGUUUAGCCAGCUCAGUCCAGCAGAACAAAAUGUAGCUGCUCUUCUUGGAGUCUCUGAAAACUUUAUUGGGAAGAAAGCAUCAGGUCAAGCUAUAAAGAAGAAGGUGGACAAGGACAUUGUCAACAGACUAUACCUGUCUUUUGUUCUUUAUGCCCUGCUCAAAGAGACCAACAUUUGGAGUGUGUCUGAAAAAUUUAACAUGCCUCGAGGAUAUAUACAGAGUCUUCUUACUGGAGCUGCCACGUUCUCCUCUUGUGUGCUACAUUUCUGUGAGGAACUUGAGGAGUUUUGGGUUUAUAAAGCCCUUUUGGUAGAACUUACCAAGAAGUUGACUUACUGUGUAAAGGCAGAGCUCAUUCCCCUCAUGGAAGUGACUGGAGUUUUAGAGGGUCGAGCAAAACAGUUGUACAAUGCAGGUUAUAAAAGUCUAACGCACUUAGCUAAUGCAAAUCCUGAAGUGCUAAUAAGAACAAUCGAUCAUUUAUCAAGACGCCAGGCCAAGCAAAUUGUUUCAUCAGCAAAGAAGUCCUUUCCUCAGCAUCCCCGACAUCUGGCCUUCCCACUUUGAGCACCUACAUUGGCAUGGAGCUUACAACCUCAAAAAUUAGGCAGUUCUAUUUUUGGACACUUGUAGUGUUACAAAAAGCAUCUCAAGAUAAUGAGGCUAAAUGUUGCUUGCUUACAAUGUCUACCAUUACAUUGUAAGUACUACCCUCUAGAACUGUUCUGUUAUCUUUGUUCAUAUGGUGGUUUUUCACAUAUUUGAAAACAGCUCUCUUUGCCUCCAAAGGUUUCUCUUUUCUGUUUCUUUCAUCCAUAUUAAAUAAUCUUGUUUUAGGUGAUUUACUAUCCUACUUACCCUUUUCUAGAUGUAGGCCAAUUUGUCUUAUUGACCUGUCCCCAUCGUUAUUGGACUUUCUGAUUUUGGGGGGUAUAUCUGUCAGGCUCUAAUUAUUAGGAACGGAAACCACACAGUAAUUUGAAGAGGAACAUUUAAAAUAAAGAAUUAGUAACUAGUACCAAAGAUUACUGGUUGCUUUCUAAGGGGUAAACAGAACUUCAACAAACAUGGGAAUGAAUCAUGAGGAGCAUGUUCACCCUCACCUGACACCACCCCCUGGGGAUGGGAUUCAGACUUCAUUGGAGAGGGUGUGGCUGUGGCUCACUGGACAGCAGAUAAGUUCUUUCGUUGUGUUGCAGCCGAUGCUGGCAAGCAGGAAACUGCCCGCUGGGAUGCUGACAAAACUGUCCAGACACUCCCAAGGGUGUGCUGUUGAACUUGCUUGGAAACUAGCUUGAGUAACCAUGAUCUCAGGGUCAUGAGUUCAAGCCCCACAUCAGGCUGUGCACUGACAGUGCAGAGUCUGCUUGGGAUUCUCUCUCUCCCUCCCUCUCUGCC